ACCACAGCAGCUCCAACCACAACCACAACAGCCCCAACCACAACAACAGGAGCACCAACCACAACAACUAGAGCACCAACCACAACUACAGCAGCCCCAACCACAACAACAGGAGCACCAACCACAACGACAGCAACUCCAACCACAACCACAGCAGCUCCAACCACAACCACAGCAGCCCCAACCACAACAACAGGAGCAACAACCACAACUACAGCAGCACCAACAACCACCACAGCAGCUCCAACCACAACGACAGCAGCCCCAACCACAACCACAGCAGCAACAACAACCACCACAGCAGCUACAACCACAACAGCAGCUGCAACCACAACUACAGCAGCACCAACCACAACAGCAGCUGCAACCACAACAGUAGCUCCAACGACAACUACAGAUGCACCAACAACCACCACAGCAGCUCCAACCACAACAACAGGAGCACCAACCACAACGACAGCAACUCCAACCACAACCACAGCAGCUCCAACCACAACCACAGCAGCCCCAACCACAACAACAGGAGCAACAACCACAACUACAGCAGCACCAACAACCACCACAGCAGCUCCAACCACAACGACAGCAGCCCCAACCACAACCACAGCAGCAACAACAACCACCACAGCAGCUACAACCACAACAGCAGCUGCAACCACAACUACAGCAGCACCAACCACAACAGCAGCUGCAACCACAACAGUAGCUCCAACCACAACUACAGCAGCACCAACAACCACCACAGCAGCUCCAACCACAACGACAGCAGCCCCAACCACAACCACAGCAGCAACAACAACCACCACAGCAGCUACAACCACAACAGCAGCUGCAACCACAACUACAGCAGCACCAACC